GAAGAAAUAAAAACAACCAACUGAACUCCUUCCUGUCUCCAGUUUCCACCCAACCACACAUCUCCAUUUUCCACUUCGAUUCCACCGUCAAUCCACAAUGUCCACCGUCCUCAACCCACCACCAACCCUCCGAUCCUUCCGGUCACCCACUCCCCGCUCGCCACGUCUCUCCAUGCUCCUCCGAUCCACCACCCUCUCCACCGCCGCAGCCCUUCCUGUACUCACCAAGUUGCAACACGACUGCGCCACCCCUCUCCCACUUCUCCGGAACAUUGCCGACAACAUGGCGGCCGACAUGCGUGCUGGUCUUGCUGUUGACGGCGGUAGUGAUCUUAAGAUGAUCCUUAGCUAUGUUGAUUCUCUGCCUACUGGGCAUGAAAGAGGGUUGUUUUAUGCGUUGGACCUCGGUGGUACGAAUUUCCGAGUUCUUAGAACUCAGUUAGGAGGAAGGGAUGAGCGGGUGAUCGAUACCGAAUUUGAGCAAGUUUCUAUACCACAAGACUUAAUGUCUGGCACCUCUGACGAACUUUUUGAUUUUAUCGCAUCCGCGUUAGCAAAAUUCGUGAAGAAAGAGGGUGGAAAGUUUGUGUUGCCAAAUGGUAGAAGUAGAGAGACAGGGUUUACCUUUUCUUUUCCUGUGAAGCAAACCUCCAUUGAUUCCGGAAUACUAAUCAAGUGGACAAAGGGGUUUUCCGUCUCAGGAACGCCUGGUAAGGACAUUGUAGCGUGUUUAAAUGAAGCCAUGGGAAGGCAAGGGCUUGAUAUGCGUGUUUCUGCUUUGGUUAAUGAUACGGUUGCAACACUAGCCGGAGCAAGAUACUGGGACGAUGAUGUCAUGGUUGCGGUAAUUCUUGGAACCGGAACCAAUGCUUGCUAUGUAGAAUCCGUGGAAGCCAUUCCUAAACUACAAGGCCGUAAAUCUACUUAUGGAAAAACGAUUAUAAAUACCGAGUGGGGAGCAUUCUCAAACGGUCUACCUUUGACCGAGUAUGAUAGAGCAAUGGACGCCGAGAGUAUAAACCCUGGAGAACAAUUAUAUGAAAAGACAAUCUCGGGCAUGUAUCUUGGCGAAAUUGUGAGACGGGUACUUGUGAGGAUGGCUGAAACCGGUUCAUUGUUUGGAAAACAUAUUCCCGAAAAGCUACAAACUCCGUUUGCUCUCGGGACCCCAAAUAUAAGUUCUAUGCAGCAGGAUACUUCUGAAGAUCUUGAAGCAGUUGGAUCAAUCCUCUAUGAAGCCACAGGGGUUGACUCAAAUUUGGACGCGAGAAAGAUGGUGGUGGAGGUUUGCGACACAAUCGCAAAGCGUGGGGGCCGCUUGGCCGGAGCAGGAAUCGUUGGAAUACUCCAAAAGAUGGAGGAGGAUUCCAAGGGUGUCGUUUUUGGAAAACGUAUGGUUGUUGCUAUGGAUGGAGGUCUAUACGAACACUACCCUCAAUACAAGCGAUACCUUAAAAAUGCGGUAGCGGAACUUCUAGGUCCCGAGUUAUCGAGUCAUGUAGUUAUCGAGCAUUCGAAAGAUGGAUCCGGUAUUGGAGCUGCACUCUUGGCUGCUACAAAUUCUAUUUAUGAACAUUGAUAUAUUGAGAGGUAAUUGUUUGGCCCAAAAAUACUUAUUUAGCAACUUUUGGUUGGUUAAUGUUGUUGUAAUCAAGUAAUAAGAAGUCAUACAUAUAUGUAUUGAAGAAUACCAUUGUUGGAUUCGUGUAUUUUUGUAAUAAAAAUUUCAUUUUUUGUUUUGUUUCUAAAAAA